GGAGGGAGGGAGGGAGGAAAGGAAAGGAGGCAGAAACACAGAACGCAGGAGACAGGGAAGCAGCCAGGCAGAGGGAGAGAUCUGGCGGACUGGUGGCCUUGCAUAACUCACACAGGAGCAGGCUUGCACACAGGUCUUGGUGUGGUCUCCAGCAAGUGGGGAACUUCCUCCUCUACUUCCCACUGCAGGGGCAGCACAACCUCAAAACCCACUGGGAGGAGAGGAGGAGCUGGAGCAGCCACAGGACAAGCUCCAGGAGAGGAGAGCGGCACAAACAGGAGAUCCAGGAAGAGGAGUCCUAGGAAACACGUCUCCAGCACACACACACUGACUUGACAGGAAGAAUCCUUGGACUUGCUCUGCAAGCAGUGGCGGUGGAGAGACUGGUUUGAGUUGACAUUGUGGACGAAGGUGAUCUGUCCGAGAUGAUUCCUCAUGAAGUUCAUGGAGCUCAUUUUAGAAGUUGGAGUAACUCCAUCUUCUCUUGCGUGAAACCUGGAGCUGGCCACCAGUAAACACAAAAGGAGCCCGAGCCUCAGAGAGCACAGCAAGGCUGGUCCCUGCAGGUAGCUACUGAAUGUAGUUGAGUACGUGACCUCAGAGGAACCUUAAAGAAAUAAGAGGGAAAAUUCAAACUUCGGAGACACAAUGAAAGCCAAUCAAGAGCGGAGCAAUGGAUGCUUGCCUCCUAAAAAGCGAGAGAUACUUGCUCUGGAGCAGAGGCCGGUGGUAGUGGCUGCAGCAACACCUCCUGCUGUUGUGUCUAAUGACAGUCCUCACACAGAAAACCUGGCAUGGCUAGCCAGUGUGGCCAGCGAACGCUGCAAAUCCAGGGAUGCAGACAGCCCAAGAUGUACUGUUCCAUCCGCUUCAUCCUCCUCCCCUUCUACAUCUAUUCCUUCUCAAGCUACUCCUCUUUCUGCAGUUCCUUUGGCCUCCCUGCCUGCAGUUUAUCCGACUGCCCUUCCCCAGCAAGCUGGCACUAUCCACUUUGCUCAGUUGGCGCCCAAUGUUCAGUUCAUCAGCUCUGGACCUUACGCUGGGUACAUUUCAUCUCACAUCAUCUCAACUAACGCUAGUUCUGUACCCAACAGUUCUGCCAUUGUUGGACAGCGACCCCAUUUGGAUGGUUACACUGCUGCCGUUGUCUCCCCAAAUGCCAAAGGAGAACAGCAGUUUCAAAUAGGCAUCUCCCCAACUGAGUUAACCUCUGUGUCGGUUUCAAGUUCUCCUCAAGUGACGAGCCAGUACAUUCACCUGGACAGCAGAACACCUUUGACUGUCAGCGGAAACGCCGUCACGUCUCCUACGGGCCAUCUCCAGCUCCACCCGCACGCAACUGUCCUCCCUCAGACACUGACACUGGCUCCAUCACAGCUUGUAGUUCAAUACGCAGAUGGUUCGGCUGGAAAGAAACCAGAAGGCCAUGCUAAGGGCGUGCUGAAUGGGGAUUUAGAGAUGGUCAAACAAGCUAAAGGCACCAGCCAGCAAGCAAAUCAUCAGCAAGUCCAAAGCUAUGAGGCGAGGCACAUCCUUCUACCCGCAGACUAUGGCCAAAACCCUGCAGGGCUCCAGACUUCUUUGGUGCUAGUGGCUCAGCCCAACUCUGGGGCUGAACAUGAUCCUAACUCAAGUAAGAUCUCUUUAGUUCAAACUGAAAAGGGAAACAUCUGUUUGGGAAAACAAGUGUCCAGAACCUCUUCUUUCACUUCCCUUUCGUCUCCAGAGAUGGUGAAGUCUGUUGCUCCUCAUGCUGUCAUCCAGACCACUCUACCUUCUGAGGAGCUUCCAGCUAAUCUCUACUCCACCACACAACCACCCAUUAUCGGCUAUAUCACCAGUGCAAACCAGCACACUGUCAGCUACCAUGCAGCUCUACCCCAGCACCUGGUCAUACCAAGUGGGCAGUCUCUCCUAAUUCCAGUCAGUAGUGCAAAUAAUGGUACAGAACUAGAGGUUAGUCGUAGUGUGAGUGCCCUGACUGCCACCACGACCCCUCAGAUAUCCACCGCCAUGCCCCAUGCCUAUCUGGCUACAGCCCUUUCCAAGUGUGAGGCACUUGGGCCAGAUGGACAUCAAACACCCCACGCUGUGGCUCAGCCUCCAGCGUUGCCAGUACUCUCCACAAAUCCGGUUUCCACUGAAGUGGCAGCCCCAUCUCCAGCUCCCGCCCUUGUUCCCACACCUGCCCCUGUUUCCGUCCAAGCAUCCCCCUCCGUCUCCUCUCCCCCAUCACCUGUGGCACUUCCUCCAUUUUUCAUGCGAGGCUCCAUAAUACAGCUGGCUGAUGGGGAGCUGAAGCGGGUGGAGGACCUGAAGACAGAAGAUUUCAUUCAGAGUGCUGAGAUCAGCAAUGAGCUGAAGAUUGACUCCAGCACCGUGGAGCGCAUUGACACUGGGCAAAGUCCUAAUGCUGUGGUCAUACAGUUUUCAGUAGGAGAGCUAAAAGCCCAGGUGUGUGUGGAGGUGCUGGUGGAAUACCCUUUCUUUGUUUUUGGUCAGGGCUGGUCGUCCUGCUGCCCUGACAGGACCACACAGCUGUUCGAGCUGUCCUGCGCUAAGCUGUGCGUGGGGGACGUUUGCGUGUCGCUGACCCUGCGCAGUCUGAAGAACGGUUCAGUGACAGACAGCCACACUUUUGGGGCCAAACUGAAGAUGGGCCACAUCCCUGACUCCUCCCCCAACAUGGAUGCUAACGCGAGGAACCGUGUGAGCUCUGAAGCUGCAGAUGGAAACUGCGGCCUCCUCAUGAAAGCUUCCGGUGCGGAAAGGAUGGAGCGACAACAUGCAGCCGGAUCUGGAGGUGGAGUGGGAACUUUUCCAAGACAGGGAGAAGGAAUCUACACAGCGACUGCUCAAGUAACUGUAGAAGCAAGGCAGGAAUCAUCAAAAACGGACACGUCUGCCCCCUCUAAACAGCUCGUCGACCAAGAGAAACCCUCAGUCCGGAAGAGACGCUGGUCAGCUCCAGAGAGGGACCAGACUGAGCGAGCCGAGGAGGAGGAGCCUCCUGUGACUCUUCCCAAACCUUCCUUCAUCCCUCAGGAGGUCAAAAUCAGUAUAGAGGGUCACUCCAGCUCUGGGAGUGAGAUGUGUGCAAACAAAAGAGUGAACUGUUAGGGAAACUCUAAAUACCUGUGAUUUGCUUUGUGCUUAGCUUCCUUUUUUUCUAUUCCAGCUACUGUAAUAUAAACUGAGUUUGUGCAGUAUUUACAUGUUUUCUGUCACAUUAGUCUGAUAUGAUGAAGUACAGUGCAGCACCUUCAUUAGUGGUAUAACUCACAAGAUCAGUGCAAUCAAUGCUGAAAGCAAAAAUAAAUGCAGCAUGAAUGUCAAGUAUGGAUGGCAGUAAGACGUGGGAGACGUCAGCGUUAACGUGGAGUCCCCGUUGUCAUGGGGAUGGAACCCGUUGACUUCAGACAUGUUAACCAUUUACACUCUCUUAAGCACAGAACUCGAUGUCAGUGUGGAGGAAAUGAGUAGCUAUAUUUGCAUUCUGUUCGUUUCACAGUUUGUGGGACGUUGAAACCUCGGCUGCUCUCAUAAACAUGACUUUUCUUUCCUUUUUUUUAAAAAAAAAAAUCCCCCUUCUUUUUCAUGCCAUUACAAAUACAUGAGCUGCUGUAGAUAGCAAGGUUCCUCUGUGUGGAUGAGAGCAUGUGUGGGUUUAUGUGUGUCAAACAAGAGCACAGGAUAUGGGAUUCUUUGGUGCUGGUGGCUGUGAAGGAACCAAGACUUAAAAAAAAGGCAUGAAUGUAAACCACAAAUGAAGUUAUGGAUGUGUAAUUAUGUUUCUAACACAUGGGUUAUACAUACAGUUUCAAUGAGUUCAGUUUAAUGUGCAGGAUUUCAAAUCUACCUUCAGAGAAAGUUGCAGUUGUGGAAUUCUGUCUGAUACCAACAAAGCCGUCAAAAGACGAACCAUAAAAAUCUCUUAAGUGAAGCAAGAGUUUAUUUUUUUUAUUACAAAUUCAUCAUUCCCUUCUGCUAAAACUGCUUUUGGUUCUUUGAAAGCACUGGCUUUUAAUAAUAAUUUUAAUAAACUCAAAUACUAUAGAUAGUACUUCUCCAUCAGAACCUUUUCUGAGCAUAAAAAGUUUUCUCUAAUGUUAAAACUUUCUUUUUCAAUGAGCAAAAAGUGUUUCUUUACCAACCUGGGUGGAAGGUCCCAUACGAUUUGCGGUCAGAACUUUAGUUUUAAGUUACAUUUCUGUUUUAAAUAUCUGUGGAAUAACUGCAGUAUUUAUACAAAGCAAUACAACAUAAAUUAAUUUAGAGAAAUAUAACAAAU